UGUGACGUCAUGACGUCGUGUGCGUGUCCCUUCGGAAGAUGGCGGCGGCGAGGAAGUUGUGGGGAGUAGUCGGAUUGACCGGACUGCUGCAGGGGAGGACAUUCCCGUGCGGCUGGAACAGACAGUAUUUAAAUUUCAAACUGGAUGAGAAGACUGCCCACAGUUGCUUGGACCUGUUCAAGAAAGAGACGGGUGUCAUCUAUCGCAUGAUAGGUAUUGACCCAACCAAGGUGCCAAAGAACCCAGAACGCUUCACAGACUGGGCUGUGGUGUUGGCUGAUACGCCUCUGUCAUCUGGGAGGCAUUAUUGGGAGGUAACAGUGAAACGUUCACAAGAGUUCCGAAUUGGUGUGGCAGAGAUUAACAUGUCCCGUGAAGAAUGUAUUGGUGCCAAUAACUGCUCCUGGGUCUAUGCUUAUAUCCAAAAGAAGUGGUAUUCAAUGUCCUCUAAUGAGAUGAUACCAGUCAACUUCUUUGGAAAGCCUGAUCGUGUUGGCUUUCUCCUGGACUGUGAAGCCAAGAAGCUGAGUUUAAUAGACAUCGAGAAACCUACUGUUGUUGACACAAUAACAACAGAGUUCAGAACACCACUUGUUCCAGCCUUUGCACUUUGGGAUGGAGAACUCUUAACACAUCCAGACCUGGACAUUAUACAAGGCAUCUGAAUCUCUCUCACCUGCCAGUCACGAUGCCUGAUAUCUGGCCUUCAUUUUGCUCACUGUGUGCUUGUCAGUCAUUUUUAAAGAUGUGGCUUCUUUGUAACCUAGCUCUAGUUAAAGUUGUAUAUGCAGUGUUUUAAGCAAUGUUAUCCUUUGACUUUGUAUGGUAUCUUGAAAGCACAAGUGACUGCUUUACCCAGCUUUGAGUACUAUGUGAUUUCCACUGCCAAGGGUGUUGAAAACAGCUUUUAAAAAGAGAAAACAAAACAUAAUGAGAAUUUGAUCCUUGUUAGCAAUAAACUGAGGGAAAAGAUAUUAUCUUUUGGCUUUAGGUGAUUGCAUAAUCAAUUCUGAAAAUGCUAAACAUUAACGAAGCAAAACCUUACCACUUUUUUUGAUGAGUUCCUUAACACAGGAGACAGUGGCAUCUGGAAUUGUAAUCAUUAGUAUUCUAUCUGUUGUACUGUGAUAUAAAAAAAUCUAUGCAACAACAACUUGUAUUUAUAUGGCCCCUUCAAAAUAACAAAACUUUCUUUGUUUUGGGAUUAAGAUGGUCUGCAGAUUGAAGCAGAGAUUAUCUGUGAUCUCCAGAGUGAUUCUGGAGAAAUGAGAAAAUUUUGGACAAUGUUAUAUGUGGUCCAGCCAUGUGUGGCAAGUGUACCAAGCUCACACUUGUUUCAGUGAUACUACCGAUAACUGAUAAAAGCUUCCUUUGAGCUCCUAAUUGCAAAGACAACAUACAAGCAUUCACACUCUGUACAGUAUGCUACCCAUCCGGACAUACAAUGAUCAGUCUUGCAGCUUCCUUCCAAGCCUGUGACUCUGGAGCCUCCCCUUGC